CUGGGGGCUCGGCUGGGAGCGGGGCAGCCUCCUGCCGCUCUUUGUCUGCCUGCCACGGGACGAGGGGCUGCGGGAGCUGCCUGCCUUGCUCUCCCCUUGCAUCCCGUAACAGAGAGGGAAGAAGUGCAAAAGUUUGCACGCGGUUAGGGUUAAAAGGAGGAGGAAGACGCACAUACCCCCCCCCCCUUCCCUUUGUAAAAAACGAGGCUCUCUGGGUUUUCUUUGUGCUGUUUACGAAAACUUUGCAGCGUGCUGCCCCUUCCCCCUCGGACCGCGCUUUUUUUUGGGGCCGGCCGCGUGUGCCCCGCGUUUUGGGGCUGGGGCGAGGCUGGCAGCGAGCGGCUGCCCCGCGGCCGUGAUUCACCAGCUUGUGGUGUGCUCCCAAAGCGCUCCCAGGACACCCAGUGCCCCGUGGCGGAGAGGGGAGCAGCUCGCUGCCCCACACUCAGGCUCUUUUCCCCCGCACCUCCUUGUUGAUAGCCCCCGGAGCGGGCAGCUUGUACGUGCACAGCGAGCCCUGAGGGGUGCUGGAAACGAGGUGUCCCCCCCCAGAGGGUUUCCAGCCUUGGUGAGCGGGUUGGGGCUUGCACACAAAGGGAAUGGGGCCACAAAGGCGCCCCCACUCCCUUGGGGUGCCCAGCCCCACUGUCCGCACCUGGAGGCACCUCAUACUUCGGGGGUCUCCUCCCGGGACCCUUAACCUUGCUGCAAACAGCGAUUUUUAAUUUAUACUUUUUUUUUUUUCUUGCAUGGUUUCACUGAAUUAAUUCAGCCCGGUUAUUUUUAGGACAUUCCUAUGCUCCCUAUUUGCACAGCAGUGGUGAGCUGGUUUCCUGUCUGCUGUUGCUUCCAUUGUUCAGACUUCUCUCCCCGAGGGCAGCUGCUGGUUGCUGAAAUACCAAAACUCCCUGCACUUUCGGCUGUUGUUCUUGCCACCCCCGAAAUAAAUGUGUGUGAAAAGUGCUGACGUCGUUUCUAGGUGUAGUUGCAAUAUCAGGCAGCGAAACAGAGGACGAUGACACUAUGGAUGUCCCACUGGAUCUUUCCUCAUCUGCUGGCUCAGGCAAACGUAGGAGACGUGGCAACCUGCCCAAGGAGUCUGUCCAGAUUCUUCGGGACUGGCUAUAUGAGCACCGAUACAAUGCUUAUCCUUCAGAGCAAGAAAAAGUGCUGUUAUCCCGGCAAACACACCUUUCCACACUACAGGUCUGCAACUGGUUUAUCAAUGCACGCCGCAGGCUCCUACCUGACAUGCUGAGGAAGGAUGGCAAAGACCCAAACCAGUUCACCAUCUCGCGGCGAGGGACCAAGCUUCCCGAGGGCGGCCUGGUGGAGUCCUCCAUGAGCACAAAGACCUUCAUUCCCCUGCUGGAGGAGAGCGCCUUCCUCCCUGCCGCCGCCGCGCUCAGCAAGACUGUGUCCUCCUCCAAGCCUGCGUCCCCAGGUUCGGUCCUGGCUCGGCCCUCGGUGAUUUGCCACACCACUGUGACUGCGUUGAAAGAUGCCCCUUUCCAUUUCUGCCAGCCAGCUGACGUAGGCCAGACCACGGACCUGCAGCAGCCCCCGGCCAACACCUUCACAGACAGCUCCCUCUCCUACCAUGAGGACACCUCUAAACUGGGACCUGGUGCGAACGCGCAAAGUGGGCUCUUUAACACUCCUCCUCCAACCCCACCAGACCUUAACCAGGAUUUCAGUGGAUUCCAGCUACUGGUGGAUGUUGCACUCAAAAGGGCGGCAGAGAUGGAGUUGCAGGCAAAACUUAUGGCCUAAAUCCCCUUCCUUCUCUUUCCCCAUCUCUUUUUUUUUUUUUUUUUUCCAGGCAGGGAUCUAACAGCUGUGUGGUUAUUGCCAUCCACACAAUAUCAAGAGACAUAACUGCAUUAUUAUUAUUUUUUUUAUUAAUCUUAUUUGCACAAGGGAUUGCUGAAAUGAAGCUUCCUGUCACUGAGAUCGUCUUCAGUGGAGUAUGGUCAUUCCAAGAAUUACAAACUUAAAGCUACUGUAGAAAGAAAGGAUUGUGUGUGUUUUUUUUUUAAUGUUUCCUUUGUAGGUUUUUCAUAAUGUGAGAUGGUUCCCAAGAUCAUGUGAUUUGUUUUUGUUUCUUUCAGACUGUGCAAUAUCUAGUAAUGAUAUAGAGUCUUCUUACCAUUCCCAUGCGGAACAGAAUAUACCGACACGCUGUCUAAAGUAAAUUUUCAAUUUUUUUUAACAAUACGAACUUUGGAUGAUUAUGCUUUUUUUCCCAUAAUGUAAUAAAAUAUUUUCUUUAAAAACG